UCUGUGAUUUGGUUUAUGUGUAUAUCUGAAUGAGCAACUGUCUGAGAGCUCAAUGAGGGUGUGUGUGUGGGUCUCAUUUCUGGUGUAUGUCCUGGGGAGUGCCUCAUCUACGCCAUGUCUGCCUGAGGAGUUUGCUUGUAUGAGAGGCGGUUGUGUAUCUGGGGAGCAGCUAUGCGAUUUUAGAGAGAACUGUGAAGAUGGCAGUGAUGAGAAAAACUGCUCCCAGUUUGUGAGGUGUGACUUUCAGAAUGGGUUCUGUGGUUUUCAAGUUCUAAAUGAACAUCAUGUUUGGACUAGAGGCUCAGGGCUGCUUUUGCCAAGUCCAGAACUAGACCACAAAAAUGUUACGGGUCAUUAUCUUUAUAUACGGUCUGAAAAUGGAGUAGGAGUCACUGCUGAAAUAUACAGUCCUCUUUUCCAGCCUUCAGUAGCCUGCAGGCUGACAUUCUACCAUCAUAUUGGGCAGCUGAUAGGGGAUUUGCAGGUUCUGAUACAGUCAACAUCUUUGGUAGAGCCACAGGAAAUUUGGUUACAGUCCACACCAAAUUCUGAUCCUCACACAUGGAUGCGAUCAGUAGUGGUGUUCAGCAGCAGAGAGAAGUUUAAGGUGGUGAUCAGAGGAAUGAUAUUCAACAGCAGUGAUACAUAUGAAGUUAUUGCGAUUGAUGACCUGUCUUUCAGCCAAGGCUGCGUGCCAGAUUUAGAGAAUGAAAUCAAGGCACCUCCUCCAACUCAGUGCCACCCAUCUCAGUUUCACUGUGAUGCCAAUGAAUGUGUGGAUGGGGUGAAAGUGUGUGACUUUUCUCCAGACUGCCCCAGCGGAGAGGAUGAGGCCAAUUGUUUGGCACAGUGUGAUUUUGAGAAUGACUCAUGUGGUUGGCACGAGCUUGCCCAGGGAGAUGGAUUUGAAUGGGUAAGAGGCUCAGCUAAUGAAGUCCCUAUAGAUUAUCUGGACCAAACACCUCCCCAGGACCAUACUACUAGUACAAGUGAAGGUCACUUCAUGCUUAUUUUUAAGAAUAGCAACCGUUUUUCCCAGCAAGCUGUGCUGCGGAGUCCUACAUUCCAGCAAUCAGGUUCAGACUGCACCAUGACCUUCUGGCACUAUAAUUCUGGACAGUCUGUUGGUGCAGCUGAAAUGUACUUAUCAGUUGAUGGCUUAGACAAUUCUACGAUACUUUGGCGAACGCUCUAUGACCAAGGCAACCAAUGGCAUCCAGUAAUUGUGCAGAUUGGUAGGCAGACCAGGCCUUUUCAGUUGUCAAUUGCAAAACUGAGUCUGGGCGUAUAUGAAGGAGUCUCUGCCCUAGAUGACAUUAUGUUCCACAACUGCUCAUUGCCAGAGGCUGUGGAGAUGUGCCCCACUCCUCUUCACUUUCACUGUAGCCGGAGCAAAGCAUGUGUAAACUAUUUCCAGAUCUGUGACCUGAUUGAUGACUGUGGAGAUGGAACAGACGAGGAACAUUGCUUUUCAGAGUUAAUGUGUGACUUCGAGGAAGGCCUGUGUAGCUGGACCCAAGAUCAUGAAGAGGACAUUUUUGAUUGGAUGCGAAUACAAGGACCAACUCCAACUUUCAACACAGGCCCAUUGAAGGACCACACACGAGCCAAUGUGGAUGGACACUUCCUCUACAUUGAAUCUUCAGACCCACAAAAGUUCAAAGACACUGCUGUUCUUAUUAGUCAACCUUUUCUCCCAACCUCUUGCAGAGGUUCUGAAUCGAAGCCACCUUGUAUUUUUAGAUUCCACUAUCACAUGUUUGGCCAGCAUGUGUUCCGGUUGGCUGUGUACAUGCGCACCCGUAAUAGUGGCCGGGGCAACUUGUUGUGGGUUCGCUAUGGUGACCAAGGCAACUUCUGGCACCGGAACAUUUUGCAGAUCCACAGUGCUCACCACUUUCAGAUUCUAGUGGAGGGGACUGUUGGUGAUGACUUCAGGGGUGAUAUUGCUAUAGAUGAUCUGUCUUUCUUUGGAUGUCAACCAUAUGAAGGUGAAUUGCCCUCAACGGAGCCCAGCACUUCUGCCCCUGUGCUCACCUUGUCAACAGCACCCCCUCAUAUCUGCCCCCCUGGCAAGUUUGUGUGCGCCACUACAAAAGAGUGCGUAAGCCUCAGCCAAGUGUGUGACUUCACAGCUGACUGCUCUGAUAGCUCUGAUGAAGAGCAUUGUGCGAAGGAGUAUUGUGAUUUUGAGGGUGACACUCUGUGUGGCUGGUAUUUGAGUGAUCCUGCCACUCCUGUUCCUCUCCAUACCUUUCGUUGGCAGACAGGACAAGGGAAGAGUAUUCACCUUGGUGAACAGAACCACAGACCCGCUAAUGACUAUACACUUGGUUCACCAGAGGGUUGGUAUAUAUUUGCAGACAGCUCUGAUGGAGGAUAUGGUCACCCCACCGAUCUUUCCACUCCCCUCAUCAAAAUUACAGGGCCCCAGUGCACUUUGGUAUUCUGGUAUCACAUGAGCGGCUUUACUGUUGGAACGCUACAGGUCUUCAUCAGAUCAGGUACUGUCAUACAUGAAGUUUGGUCCCAAAGUGGUAACCAAGGCAACAAUUGGAGGCGGGGCGAAGUCUUCAUUGGAUUUCAUCACAACAUCCAGGUGGUUCUCCGUGCCAAGCGGGGUAUCAGCUACAUGGGAGAUGUUGUAGUUGAUGACGUGACAUUUGUGGACUGUGCCCCCCCAUUAACAACUAAUCUUACUUGUCAUAACAACGAGUUCAUCUGUGCCAAUGGUCAUUGUAUCUCUGAGGACAACAUGUGUGAUUUUAUUGAUCACUGUGGAGAUGGCUCAGAUGAGAAUCACUACAUAUGCAAAGGAUUCAGUGGUCGCUGCAAUUUCGAAUUUGACCUUUGUUCCUGGAGACAGAGGCAAGAUGAUGACUUUGAUUGGUUGAUAAAAGCUGGAAAUAUGCUCACUCACGGGACUGGACCAUCCACUGAUCACACCCUCCGUAAUCCAUCAGGCCACUACUUAUAUCUAAAAGGGUCCUUCCCACAGACAACUGGAGAUACUGCCCAAAUCAUGGGACCUCUUUUCAGUCACGGUAGCAAAGAUUGCAAGAUGGUGUUUUACCUCCACAUGUCUGGUGAUGGCAUUGGCACUCUGAACGUCUAUAUGAUUACAAACUCCAACCACUCACUCUUUCUUAACCUCACUGGUAAUCAAGGCAACUACUGGAGCAGACAGGAACUGCCCCUCUCCUCUUCUGAAAACUUCCGUAUUAUGUUUGAAGGCAAGGUGGGCAUCAAUCCUCGAGUUUACAUCUGCCUUGAUGACAUCACCUUCUCAGCAGGCUGUAUUCUUAGCACGAGCUUUAAAACAGACUUCAGUCCUUUGUUACAUCCAGGUUCUCUACAGUGUAACAAUGGCAAUUUCUACAAACCAAAACAGACAUGUGACUUUACCGACAACUGUGGAGAUGGAACUGAUGAAGUGGAUUGUGGCACGUCCUGCACGUUUGAACAUGGCUGUUGUGGUUGGAAAAGCAGCCUGGCAGACACCUUUAGUUGGGCCCUUGGAGUUGGCUCUGCUCAUAUGAUCAGACCUCCUCACGACCACACACUUGAGAAUGAAAGCGGCCACUUUGUAUAUAUGGCAGCCACUCCUAUUGGUUUGAAAGGCGAUAAAGCUCACAUGAGAAGUUCUUUGUGGAAGGAAUCUAGUGCCACAUGUAAACUCGCCUUCUGGUACUAUAUUUCAGAAAAAGCCACAGGAGUCAUCCGACUCUUCCUAAAGACAGAAAAUGAGCUGAGGGAGGUAUGGACAGAGCAGAAGAUGCAUGGGGAAUGGAGAAAAGCAGAGGUACCUCUGAGGAAACUCAGGAACUUUAUUCUAAUAUUUGAAGUGGUUCGAACACGAGAUGUGAGUGGAGGAGCUGCCCUUGAUGACCUGGAAUUCAUUGACUGUGCACCACGAGCAGUGCAUCCUGGGUCAUGCCCCGCUGUCACAGAUUUUGUCUGUAAAAAUGGAGACUGUAUUGAGUACCAUUUGGAGUGUGAUGGUAAAGCUGAUUGUGCGGAUGAGUCUGAUGAAUUGGACUGCACAUUUGUUCCAGGAGCUUGUAAUUUUGAUAAGCCUGAUGGUUUUUGGGAGGAGACCUGUCAGCUGUCUCAGGAUCCUCACGAUGACUUUGACUGGGACGUAGGCUAUGGCAGUAUGUGUAAUGGGACUGGACCAUCAUCUGACCACAGCCCCAAUGAAGAUGGGGGGUACCUGUAUGUGAACUCCAGUGCCCAGAGAGAAGGGGACAUUGCCAGAUUAAUAAGCCAGCAGGAGUUUCCUGCUAGCAUUGGUGUAUGUCAUAUGCGUUUCUGGUUCCACAUGUACGGCUCAUAUCAAAUGGGUGUGCUGAAGGUGCAUACAGUGGGGCGCAGUGGAACACCCCUGUUAGUAUGGGCAACUUGUGGAAACCAUGGAGACAGCUGGCAUUAUGCUAAUGUGAUCUUAUCAAAUGUAUCACCCUUUCGAGUGAGCAUUCAAGCAGAAGUGGGAGCAGACCAGUGGACAGACAUUGCUGUGGAUGACAUCUCAUUCACUAGAGAAUGUCUUGUAGGAGCUCCAGUGACCCCCAUCCCACAAACAUGCCACAUGGAACACUUCCAGUGUUUGUAUCAGUUUGAGUGUAUACCACUGAGUUGGCGUUGUGAUGGUGAGGUGGACUGCCUUGACCACUCAGAUGAGGAGAUGUGUGCCAGUGUGGUUCCUGGAACUUUGCCUCCUCAAAGAGGGUGUGAGACAGGAGAAUACAGCUGCAAGAACAGCAUCUGUAUUCCAGCACUGCUGCGCUGUGAUUCAGUUCUUGACUGCCCCAAUGGAGAAGAUGAAUAUGGAUGCUCUAUUAAGCAAUGCAAUAAUGGGGAAUUAGUGUGUGAGGCGACUGCAGACUGUAUAGCGUAUCAGAGUCGAUGUGACUACAUUGUUGACUGCUCCCCAUUUAAUUCUGAUGAAUCCAGCUGCCAUGAGUGUCCAUUUGAAUACUGUCUCAAUGAAGGAAAAUGUGUAGUAAAGGAAAAUGGGCCAGUAUGCAAUUGUCCAUCACUUUGGACUGGAAAUCGUUGCCAUAUCAGAGAAAAGCUAUUGACUCCCACAACACCUGUGAUACCAGAUAGUAAACAUGAUUCAGCUUUCAGCAUUGGUUUAAGUGUUGCAAUGAUCCUGUUGGUCAUUGCAACUGUAGUCAUUUUGGUCUUUGUAUUACAAAGAAGAUAUUUAAUUAGAGACUCCAGUCUUAUUGAGAAUGAAGAGUUGGACAACUCUGCCUUUGACCUGCAGAAAGAGCUGCCCUCUCUUGCUGUUAGGCCCAGAUGGUCUGUACACCCUCAGCUAAUCAUCAGCGUCUACCCAUGGAGAGAAGAAGCAAAGGUCUCCUUCUUAGAGGAAGACAAACUCUCUUUCUCCAACCCACACUACAGGUGUUCAAGGAGUUCUGAAGCCUGAACAAAACACAGAUGCACAAACAUACACACUCAACUUAAUUCCAGUAGAUCUACAUUACACUCCACUUUAUUUGAGCCCCCUCAACAACAUGGCUGCACUUGUUUAGAGCCAAACAAUUCAUUUCUGUAAAACUCAUGGGAGAAAAAAGUUCAAUUUAAGCAAAACAAAGCUAUUAAACUUUUAUCAGUCAUAUAAAAAUGUUUCUUGUAAGAAUUCUUGGCAGCUAACAAAUUAUAUAUGCUUUUAUAAGCCUCUACUCUUAGGCACUGAGACAAAAUGUAAAAAUGCAAUACACAGAAGUUGGAAUAACAAAAAAAAAAAAAUAGAAAAGUGCAAAAAUCUGUGUUACAGUGAGGCACUUACAAUGGAAGUGAAUAGAGACAAGUUUUGGAGGGUUUAAAGGCAGAAAUGUGAAGUUUAUAAUUUUACAAAAGCACUUACCAUACAUACAUUUUUCUGUUAAAACUCAUGUAUUAUUUGAGAUGUAAAGUUUUUGAAAUCGUAAUUUUUACGAUCGUUUUAUGGUUUUAGGGUUUACAGUGCUAUGUUGUCAUGGCAACAAAGUUGUAAAAUGUUAUAUAACGUUACACAGAAACAGUUAGUAAUUGAUUUUAUCACACUAAAAUAAUGUUAACACAUAUUGUUUCUGUCUAUACUUUUAAAAUAGUGAGUAUUUUAACAUUUAUAGAUUGGCCCCAAUCACUUCCAUUGGAAGUUCCUCCCUGUAACCUGGAUUUGUGCUUUUUUAAAUAAAGGAGGGACAAGUUUACUUAAUAUUUAGGUGUAAUCAACAUUAUGCCACAAAUGCUGUUGAUUGAACUUAACUUGUAUUGAAUCCAGAACAUUAAUUUAACAGGAGAGGAUUUGCUGAUACAUGCCUGUGUGAAGUUUAGUCAGUUAGUACACAACCCUGAUUAUGAAUGUUCAUGUUCAAUCAAAAGAAAAAUGUGUUCUUCUGCAGAACAUAAAAGGUGGAAUUUUGAAGGUAUCCCAUCUGCUGAUUUCAGUUGAGUAACUCGCUUUAAAGCUUAAAGACCCAAACAUGUUAUUAAAGUAGUCAACAUGACUCUUUCCCAUUGUUUUUCACUUCUAUACAUUUUCUUGCACUGUUUUUUUUCCCCUUCUUUUUCUUUUAGACAUUUAAGAAUAUUUAAUUAUGAAACAGUGGCUUUCAGAAAGUAAAGGGGAAAUCUUAUGAUUUAAUUACAAUAAUAUUUAAGAAGAUCACAACAUACCAUUAAAUCAGGAAGGAUUGCCAAAAGCAAUAUGGGCUCAGGGUGCCAUUAAAAAAUGAUUUGCUUUCAAAGUCUACUCUCCUUCCCAUUCCCUGUGGUUUAGAAAAUUGUAUUUUUAUUACUUUAAAUGUGGGUUCAAUCACAACUUGGCCUUCUGUUUGAUUCAAACAGACCACAUUGUGACAGAUGAUAAAUACAAUUUAAAACUAUUAUGGUAUCUAAACAUGAAAAAAGACAAAUUAUGUAGUUAACUAUAAGAUGCAGUGUUUUGAUUGCAGAAGCGCUGUCAGCGUUAAUAAGUGCGCCUGGAUACCUUUUGGAUGUUUAGGCUUGGAGGGCUGCAGAAUAUGUAAGGAAUAUUCUUGGUUCAAUUCAAGUUAAGCUCAAUCAACAGCAUUUGAUGGAUAAUGUUGAUUACCAAAAAUAUUUGGACUCAUCCCUCAUUUUCUUAAAAAAAAGAAAUAUAAAAUCUAGGUUAAAGUGAGGCACUUACAAUGAAAGUAGAUGGGAGACAUUUUUGGAGGGUUUAAAAGCAGAAAUUUGAAGCUUAUAAUUGUAUAAAAGCACUUACAUUAAGGACGGUAUGUGAUUUUUUCAGACUAAAAUCAUGUUUACACACAUAUCCUUUAUGCCUUGUGGCUUUAAUUUUUUAAAAAGUUAGUAUUUUAACAUUCAAAAUUUGGUCCCCAUUCACUUCUAUUGUAAGUGCUUCACUGGAACCCAGAUUUGUGCUUAUUUUGCCACAUAUGCCACACAUGCUAUAGAUUGAGCUUAAUUUAACCCAGAAUUUUCCUUUAAAGCAUUUUAACAUCAUACAGAGGAUACCAGAACACACUGCAACUGAAGAUGGAAAUCUAAAAUAAUGUGUUGAUUGAUUCAAUAAAAU